GAUUCCACUCAACUAUCACCUCGAUUUUUGCAGCCCUUAAUUUCCCCACUCUAUAUAUAUAUGUGCCACUUUGUCACACACCUCCAACAAUAUAUAUUUCUCAACGCUCAUUAACUAACUUAGCCAAAAUUCCAUUUCAUCUAUUUUAAGGGAGAAAAAGAAAAGAUGAACAGGCCGGGCGAUUGGAGUUGUCGGGCCUGCCAGCACCACAAUUUCCAGCGGAGAGAGUCGUGCCAGCGAUGCGGGGGCCCGAAGCCCGCGUUCGGGUUCACCACGGGCCCGGACGUCCGGCCCGGCGACUGGUACUGCGCCGUCGCCAACUGCGGGGCCCACAACUUCGCCAGCCGCUCCACCUGCUUCAAGUGUGGCGCCUUCAAGGAUGAACUCGCCGCCGCCGCCGGUGCCUUCGACUCCGACUUCUCGCGGCCCCGUGCCGCCGCCGCCAACCGCUCUGGCUGGAAAUCCGGCGACUGGAUUUGCACUAGGUAUGGAUGCAACGAGCACAAUUUUGCGAGCAGGCUGGAAUGCUUCAGGUGCAAUGCGCCAAGGGAAUCCAGUGGCAACUCUUUCUUCUAAUUAUUUAUAUUUUUGGGUAUAAACUAUGAAAAGCAUGAUAUGAGGGAACAAGUAAUGGAAUCGUGGACGAUAAUAUAUGGUCUUUGCUCCCAAGGAUAUGAUUUAGCUACUCUGCAUUUCCCAAUUUAUUUUUCUGUUUUCUUAAUUUUGAUUUCCUUAAUUAGGGAAUUAGCGUUAGGCGAGCUAUUGUUGCAUUUUUUUUUAUGAUGGUAGGAAGUUUUAGUAUUUGAUUUUGUGAGCUAGGCAUUUAAGAUGUAGCUAGCGUUUGUAUUUCAUGUUAUUUUCAUCUACUUAUAAUAUCGAUAUUGUAUGGUUAUAAAAAAUCGCAUUUAUC